AUGGGCGAAUGUGUGCCUGUGACGAUUUCGGAUAGCGGAUCUCCUGAUUUUUGGGCUCAGUUUAUGCAGGCUGAAGAGGACGACACCACAAUCGCUGGCAUCAUUUCAGACAUUGAUAUGACUUUCGACCCUACUUCGCCUACCCAAAAUAUCUCUCCAGGGACUCAAGGGACGCAUACCGGACAGUCUAGCCAACGAUAUAGUAAUAUCAAAUUUUUCGACAACCUUGAGUCCAAUUCACAACCAGAGGAACAACGGCAACAACAACGGCAGCAACUUCGAAGUUGUAACGCAAAUCAAGCACCUCCCCCCGCCGAGACAGGGAUGCAGAACAAUGACAGUGACAGCAGCCCACAGGAGCAAGGCCAUCUCGAUCAGAGCAUCUUACACUUGUCUCAGCUUAGUGCUCGCUUAUCAAGCCUUCUUAGCUCGUCAAGAGAGUACCCUUUGAUAAACGGUGACGAGUCUGCCUUUUGUUCCGAUGACAACACAGCUCUCCAGCAGCUGCAGAGCAACAUCAGUGCUCUCUUUGAUUCAAUAAACGUUUGGCUAGCCCGCGGCUCAGCUCAUCUCCACACUGUGCCGGUAGACCAGAAUGACACCUGUCCGUCCAGCCAGCCUCAACUCAUGAGCCAGAUCCUCUCCGCUUCUUUCGAGAUGACACGAAUCAUCCAACGACUACGAAUCAUCACGACGCCUGAAACGACUCCACCUCCAUCCACCCGAGAUACGCCCCCGGAAACACUUUCGGAAAGCAGCCGACACACAUACUCCACAGUCCGAUAUCUCGUCGUCGUCUGUGUGACACUACUCCUUAACACAUAUAUCGGAAUCGUUGUUUCACUCCAACACAGCGCCGAAGCACUCAAAGCAUACCAAUGGGCCUGUGCACAAACGCAACCUCGCCGCUCUACCAACUCGGUCUGCACAUGGAAUACAACAGACUGCAUCAAACUUCAAUUUGUUGGCAUGGUCCAGAUGUGUUCAUCCUUCAUGCGCCGACAGAUUGAGGUGUCGGAGCUGCUUAUGCCAAGCCAUAUCUCGUCUUCCGAGUUAUCAGGGGGCAACUCUUGCUGGGACGCGGUUGGAAAGCUAAAGCUGGAGCUGGAGCAGCGGCUGAAACAGCUACAGAAAUGCUUAGGCAUGGUCGACUGACCUGAAGAGCUGAUUGCGAGAUAUACGGUGAAAAGUGGAGCGUUCAUAACCUUCGCUGGGUGACGUACCCCUAUAGAAUACCCCGAAUGGUCCUAGGUGAUCAUGUGAUAUUGGUGAAGCCGGAAAGAUAGAAAGUUAGAAUGAGAGAUAGAUAUAGCGUCA